CGUUUAAAAUAUUUUCAGGAAGAAAUCAAAAGAUCAAGAAUCUGAUAGCGAUUUACCAGAUGAUACGUCCAAAGCUAGAAAUAAUGUUAAAAAUUUAGUUGAUAGUGAGAAUAUAAAUACAAUUCAAAUCAAAAGAACUCAACCCAUUCCAACUCCAACGAAUAUAUAUAUAGAAACCCGCGAUAGAUCAUCAUCUGUGCAUGGAUCAACAGUAUAUAGCAAUCGAUCCCCAGUAUCUCCACGAGUUCGUAGUUUGGAAGAAGAUAUGGAGGCCUUACGCUUAUCUCGACAAGAUAAUCCUUAUAUUCAACAAAAAUUAGAAAGCUAUUCUUUAUAUGGAGAUUCCCGAGGUUCUAUAUCUCCAUCAUCUGUUUAUUCGUCUUUGCAGAAACACGACGAAGAAAAACUUGUGUCUGAAGAAUUUGAAGAUUUAAUAAUUAAAGAAGAAAACGAACAAAAUUUACACGAACAUUUAAUUCGAAGUCCGCCUCCAAAAUUUCCGAAGAAAAUGUCUCAGUUUGUUUUCCAUAGCAGGACUGGUUCACCACAACAUCAAGUUCGUGACUCAUACGAGAGUAUCCAAGACAACGUUAGUCAAGUGUCCAACCUAACAAAUUCGAAUAAUACUCUGUUAAAAACAAAAGGAAGUCUAUCCAUGGUAAGUUGUUGGAUUUUCAUCUGAUUGCAGAUUUAAAAUAAAAAAAAUCGAUUUAAACGAAAGUAAUUUUUGAAAGGCUAAUGAUUCUUUAAAUGCCAUUUAAGGAAAUCAUUAAUAUAAAUACAAAACUGAUAACAUUCUAAAUGCAUCGGUGUUCUGUAAUUAAUAUAAAAUGUAAGAUUAAGCAGUUAUCGUUAAGAUAAUAGUCACUCAAUAUUUACUUUGCUUGCUAAUGUAACAUUUUAAUGCAGUUAAAAAAAGAUUUAUUUAGUGUUUUAGUAAGGAUCGUUAAA